GCCAAAUUUAUAGCAGAAAUAGACAUGACGGGCUCCUCCCAAGUCGAUUCGUGUCACCUAUAUAUAGCGAAAACAUUGCAGGUGUAAUCAGACGCAUCGCAUAGCUAAUUACUUUCACAGUGAGUUUCUAAGGUUGUAGUACAUGUACGUGCGUUCGUGUGUGACCAUGUUUUCACGUGCCUGCCGAUAGCGACUGCGCUGAUUUUCUUUGUAACCUCACACUUGUUCUCGAUGGCUGAGAAUUAUUAUAGGCUCCCACCACCUACAGUAUAUAUACGCUGUAUAUAAUAAAAACGUGAGGGAAAUGAGAAGCUCAGUCUACCACCGACCGGCUCCUCUUUCUAGUCAAAUGUUGCUCCUGUGAAAUUUCAAAUAUUUAGAUUUAAUUUUGUGUACUUAAACUAUAAUAAUCAUCAUGGCGGGUAAUUUGUUAGCAAGGAAAAUGGCAGCUGGAAAGAAGAGAGUGGAUCAUGUCGCCUGGCAAAUCGAAGUGGCCAAUAACGAAGAAUGGGAAGAACUCACCAAACUUCAAGGACUAGUCGUGGUGGACGUCUACUCCGAGUGGUGCGGUCCGUGCACGGCCAUGGCCAGCCAUUUGAAAGAGAUUAAAUUACAAUUAGGGGACGAUUUCCUUCAUUGCGCCCUGGCUAAAGCGGAUUGUAUCAGCCAACUCGGCAGGUUCAGGGGUCGCAGCGAACCCACUUGGCUUUUUGUGGCUGGUGGUGAACCUGUGGCGUUAAUCAGAGGCGCUAAUGCUCCGCUCAUCCGCAAAACUUUAUUGGCUGAAUUACAAACAGAAAAGGAAGUUAUAGAAGGAACCCGCCAACGGAUGACGAUGGCGUGGGAUAGUUUCGACCUACCCAACAGCAAUCCCGAGACCGAAGAAACCAACCACAAGGAAAUUGAAUUGACGACUGCGCCGGAUAACUGGCUGGAGCUGGACGGAUUGACUUUGAAAGGAUCGUAUCAAUUGAUCAUCGAUAAACUGAUGGAAGCAUUGGCAGAAAAGAAUAUGGAAAUAUCCGCCAGAUCGUCUGUCCGUCUCCACAAAAAAGAUUGUCUCAUUUUGUGGUUCCCGUCGUCGGUGGAGGAUGAAACCCUGGCCGAAUGGUUCGAUGUUACCAUCAAAAGUCUCAUCGCCGAAGUGGAACCAAAAAUUGUCAAAGAAGAAGAGAACGAAGAUGAAUUGGUGGAGAAGAUUGAAGGAAUAGAAUUGGAGGAAAAACCGGAUAAUUCGGAUGAAAACGCAGCCGCUGAAGUCACCGAUGAAGAAUCUGAUUAUCAACCGAUCGAAUUCCACCUGAUAUCUGACCCAGACGAAAAAGAAGCGCUAAUCAAACAAUUGGAAAAGGAAUCAGCAGAGGAAGGAGGAGAAGAAGAACAAGUUGAAAAUGAAACGGUUGAAGAAGCUGCCCAAGAAGAAGAGGAAAAACAACCGGAAGAACCGGAAGAAUUGCCCGUUGAAAAUGCGGAAGAGAAUGCAGAUGCAAUCGAAGAAGUUGCUGAAACCGUUGCCGAACCAGUCGAAUCGACCUAGUCUCGACAUAUCCCCCCCCAUAAUAAAACGUCACCUUCAGUCGUAGAUGUAAAACAUUCUACGUAGCCGCUUAAAAUGUACGGUAUAACUGCUUAUUGCGGACUAUAUCCAGGGCCACCAGCUAUAUAGAGGGAGCGAUCCGAGAGCUUCAGCUACAAAGCACCGUUUAAUCACGUUCGUUAUACAUCAAUCAUCAAAAAAGAAAUUGAGCGCACGACGGACAGUAUGUACGGAACAAGUUGUGGAGUAAAUUAACAUUCGGAGGAACAACACAAUGGCGUGUGUGAGUGACAAGAACUCUAUAAAAGCAGCACACAGUCGCAUAGACAAGAAAACUUUUGUAUGCAACUCGCAGAAAGAAACUGCCCGCUUGGGAAAUCUAAAGUGUACGGUGUGGCAAAGGGGAAAAAAAGUUAAACGAAAAAAUAAACACACACACAGUCUCA